AAUGAUCUAUGGAAGGUAGAGUUAUUGCCUCUACCCAAAGAGCAUCCUCUACCUUCCAUAGUAUGAUCAAGGACCAAUUUGACAGGCAAAUUUGGUUAGGUUAUAGAGGUUAUCGAUACAUUUUACAAUAAACAGUUUACAAGGAAUUAAUUAAACCUUUCGUCGUAUUUUGUUCAAAAAAUAUGAAUUUAAACAUUUCUAGUCUUGCAAAUUUUGUCUGGAAAUCACAAGCAAUCGCUGGAUGUAAUUAUCAACAAGUCAGGAACAAAUGGGCAAAUUGGCUUAUGAUAAGAGAUGUAAAGCGGCGUCGCCUUAACGCUGAACACUACCUCGAGAGGACCAGAAUCAACGCUCUGAGGAAGAACGAUGUGCUGCCUGUGGAGAUAAGGGAGAUGGCAGACAAAGAAAUCAACAAGUUUGAGCUCAACUCCACUCCUUUAAGGAUUAACAACAGAUGUGUUAUUACAUCUAGACCACGUGGAAUCGUGAAGGAAUGGCGCAUGAGUCGUAUUGUAUGGAGACACCUUGCAGACUACAACAAGCUUUCUGGAGUACAGCGAGCCAUGUGGGGCUAAAUUAUACAUAGAUUGUUCUCUUCUUAUUCAUAGUGGUAGAAAUUUUUGUUAUUCGAAAUAUAAUUAAUCAGUUAUUUCUAACUCUGUUCUCAUA